GCUGGGCCCCCGCGGUGACCCUCUCCGUUUUGUCGCCCGCCUGCUACUAUCAUUCCUUUCAUAUCCAGUUCAGCGUUACGUUCUAGCGAUUUGUAUGCAUCCAUAGAUACCCUUACUACUACACCAUUCUUUCCACGCCUCUCCUUUGUUCAUAGGAUAGCCUGAGAAUAUCUCUUUUGUUGGAACCCCCACCGUCAUUUUUCUAGGGCCAGGGGUGCCCUUCUACUCAACGUCACCAUGGAUCAUGAUUUCGUUCUCCAGCAAACGCUCCCGUGGAGCUUACAGCGCAAUCGGUUGGCAGAACUUCUGACGGCGGAUUUCACGGUUGCUGCAGGCUCAGCAGCUUUGGUCACUCCGGCCGUGAUGAUUCUGGAUAGACUGGUAGUGGAAAAGUCCUCUCACAAUCAACCUCUUCUGCCGGCAUUUCGUCGACAUCUGUGGCUCUCUAUCACGCAACCUGCGACCUUCCUUACCUCGCGACCCAGUCUGCUCGUCUGGUCCCUCUACACCGCAACCUUUGCCGCGGCUAAUGCCACCGAGACCGUCCUCAGCGAGGUCUAUCCACACAUCGACCACGCCCUUGCCACGACGUCGACCUUCUUAACCACGUUCGUGGUUAACUCCUCCGUUGGUAUCUGGAAGGACGUCAAGUUCGCUCAACUUUUCGGCCACAACCACAACACCAGCACCGCGGGGACAACCACACCCCCACCCCCGGCAGCGGCAUCAACUCCGGCGGCAGCAGCAGCAGCAGCAGCAGCUACCAAACCAACCGCUGCUGCAGCCGCCGCGGCAUCCCAAAGCAAGAUCCUCCGCUCUGUCACCCGCUCUAUUCCCUUCGCUACCUACUCCGCCUUCCUCAUCCGCGACGCCCUGACGAUUUUCGGCUCCUUCAGCCUCCCGGCGAUGGUCUCCGCCUCAAUCCCAGACUCGGUGGCUUCGAGCGAGUACGCCAAGAUCCUCCUUGCGCAAUUGGCCAUCCCAGCCUCGAUCCAACUCAUCAGUACCCCGAUCCACCUGCUGGGGUUGGACCUCUACAACCGACGGAUGGCGAUUCCGGCCGCAGACCGAAUGGCGCGGGUGAGUCGGGAUUGGAUCGGGGCGUCGCUGACGCGGAUGUGUCGCAUCAUUCCCGCCUUCGGUAUCGGUGGGUUUGCCAAUACCGAGGGGCGGGCCUAUCUCCAUGAGCAACUGCGGCUGUCCGGUGAGGAGUGAAACAAUCCCAACCACUUCGGAUGGCCUUGUCUAUCUCAACCACUAAGCAUGCAAAAUCCAAUCCCUGAGUGACUCAAUUGGACAGUCAUCAUAGAAACCUGGAUUGUGACAACCACAAACAAACAAUCGGGAUUCUGCGACCGAGUUCGGCGAUGACUCGGUGAAGAGGGG